CUACUUCACAUCCUGUUAGUGAAGAAGAAAAAUCUACACGUGUUUACAGUCAGACACUUUGGAUUCUCGUUACAAAUCUGAAUUUCUAUCUAUACAAGUGGAUUAAAACCAAGUAAAAAUGCCGAAAGUAAAGACUGAGAAGAAAAGCAGGCAGCACCAAGAGGUUAAAAACCAAGGCAUCAUGUUUAACACUGGCAUUGGUCAGCACAUCCUGAAGAAUCCUUUGGUUGUCAAUGGAAUAAUCGAAAAGGCUGCUCUGAGGCCAACAGAUGUGGUUCUGGAGGUUGGACCUGGUACUGGUAAUAUGACAGUAAAACUGCUGGAAAAAGCCAAGAAGGUGGUGGCUUGUGAGUUGGACUGUAGAUUGGUGGCCGAACUUCAGAAAAGAGUACAAUGCACACCCUUGCAGACAAAACUUCAGAUAUUAGUUGGUGAUGUAUUAAAAACAGAUCUGCCUUUCUUUGAUGUCUGCGUGGCUAACUUACCUUACCAGAUUUCGUCACCAUUUGUUUUCAAGCUCCUGUUGCACCGACCUUUCUUCAGAUGCGCUGUGCUGAUGUUCCAGAGAGAGUUUGCUAUGCGACUGGUUGCCAAACCUGGGGAUAAGCUGUACUGCAGACUGUCCAUCAACACACAGCUACUGGCUCGUGUUGACCAUCUAAUGAAGGUUGGGAAGAAUAAUUUCCGUCCUCCUCCUAAAGUGGAGUCAAGUGUUGUGAGGAUAGAACCAAAAAAUCCUCCUCCUCCAGUCAAUUUCCAGGAGUGGGAUGGCCUGGUCAGAAUAGCCUUUGUUCGGAAGAACAAAACACUCAGUGCGGCUUUCAAGUCCACUGCAGUAGAGCAGCUGCUGGAAAAGAACUACAGAAUUCACUGUUCUGUGCACAAUGUGGAUGUUCCAGCUGAUUUCAGUAUCAGCAAGAAAAUUGAGUCCAUUUUGAAAGAGGCUGAGUUCAGUGAAAAGAGGGCCAGGUCCAUGGACAUUGAUGACUUCAUGGUAUUGCUGCAUGCUUUCAACUCAGCAGGAAUCCACUUUUCAUAAGUAGCAGAGGAAGCUAACAAGACUCAGCCGUAUGGCUCCUGCCUUCAUGAUGUCAGAUGUUAAAAAACGUUAGACUGAUCCUUC